AUCCAAUUACGGUAAUAAAGAACAGGGAGAGCGCCCAUUUCGAAAUUUCCACGUCUUCCUUCCCAACUUCCUCGGCCCACUCAAGUUUUCGUCGGUCAAGUUCAAGCUAAGGCACAAGAUGGCACCCUCAGAUGAGCUCGAGUACCUCAAGCACCUUGUAGCUCAGCUCAAUGAGAAAAUUCACGCGCUAGAGACGAAAGCGAAAGCUAUCGUUCCUUCGAAGACGCCUGCUCAACAGCUUAGGACUAUUCUUAUGGGUCCUCCUGGUGCUGGGAAGGGAACACAAGCACCACGGAUACGUGACGAGUUCUGCGUCUGCCACCUCGCAACUGGCGACAUGCUCCGCGAGCAAAUAGCGAAGAAAACCGAGUUGGGGAGGAUGGCUAAGAAAGUUAUGGAUGCCGGCGAGCUAGUUACGGAUGAUAUCAUGGUUAACAUGAUCAAGGAUCAGCUUGAGAAUAACAAAGAGUGCUCGAAUGGAUUCGUAUUGGACGGAUUCCCAAGGACCGUUCCUCAAGCCGAGAAACUCGACUCCAUGCUUGAUUCUCGCGGUGAAAAGCUCAACAGCGUCGUCGAGUUGCUCAUCCCUGAUCAACUCCUCAUCUCCCGCAUCACCGGUCGUCUCAUCCACCCGGCUUCAGGACGGACGUAUCACAGGGAAUUCCAUCCGCCUAAAAAGCCUAUGACGGACGAUGUCACAGGCGAGCCCCUCAUCCAGCGCUCCGAUGACAAUGUAGAAACGCUGCGCAAGCGUCUUGUAACCUUCCACAAGCAGACUGGUCCCGUCGCAGAGUACUACAAAGGCAAAGGCUUGUGGCACGGUGUGGACGCCGCUCAAAGUCCAAGUGUCGUUUGGGACAACCUUCGCAAAGUCUUCCGGGCCCCACCGACAAAGUCGUAAUAUAUCGCACGUUUUCCCAUACAUAGACCUGCCUAUUUUGUGCAUAGACUGUCUGUCACACAGUGCUUUCCAUCUACAUAUGAUUUGCGCAACCAGGGAA